AUGAGUGACGAAGAGAUAAUCAACGAAGAAGAGGAAGGAAACAAGGAGGAAGAAGAAAAGAACGAUGAGGAGAAAGCAAAAGAGGAGGAAGAGAAAAAGGAAGAAGAAGAACAGGUAGAAGGCAUUGUUUUGACACCUGAAGUAUUAAUUCCUAAAUUAAGUAUACUAGAUACGGCAUUUGAUAUGGAAUAUUCAUAUACUAAGCUUCAAAUGAAUGAAGCAGAAAUCAAAGAUGCCGCAAUCCUCGAAAAUUAUCCACAUUUAAGAUUCAUCUCACUUGCAAAGAAUGCUUUAAGAAAAGUACCAUGGGUUGCUAAGAUGACAUCUGCAGUUUACAUUGAUCUCCAUGGAAAUGCAAUCAAAGAGUUGCCUGAGUUUACAGAAAUUCCUGACUUAAUCACUUUCAAUCUUACAUCAAACAGAAUUAAAUCUAUACCAACACUUCCUUUCCCAUCACUUGAUAAGCUUGAUUUAUCAUCAAAUCUUAUCAGAACUAUUACAGAUUCUGCAUUCGCACAAAUUACAAAUCUUAAAGCUCUUAUAUUAACCGGAAACAAGAUUACAAAAAUUACAACAGAAAUGUUCAAAGGACUUGGAAAUUUGGAGCGUUUAAUGCUCGAUCAGAACGAAAUUAAAACAAUCGAUCCAAAUCUCUUAGCCACAUUCACAAAUCUUAAAGUUCUUAACUUAAACGAAAAUAAGAUCGCCAAACUUGCUCCAUUCGAUAAUCCACCACCAAAUCUUGUUGAAUUACAUAUUUCUUCAAACGCUGUUGAAGAUAUCAAAGAACUCCAGCACUUCAAACCACUCGCCAAUCUUACUACUCUUGUUUUCAGCGGAAAUGCUGUACCUCAAGAGGAUGAAUAUCGUCUUGUUUUAAUUGAUUCAAUGCCAUGGCUCAAGAAGAUCGAUGAAGAUGAAGUAACAGACGAAGAUAGAGAGUCCUCUAAAGAAUUCAUUGAGCAGAAGAAGGCAGAAGAGGAAGAACGUCGUAAAGAAGAAGAAGCUGAAAGAAGACAUCAAGAAGAAGAGGAAGAAGCCGAGAGAAGACACAGAGAGGAAGAAGAGGAAGCUGAAAGACAGAGAAGGAAGGAAGAAGGAGGCGAUGAAGAGGAAGAGCCGAAAGAAGAAGUUGAAGAGGACGCCAAAGAAGAAAAUGACGGCGAUCAAGAAGAAGAGGCGAAUGAAGAUGCUGAAGAAGAAGCUAAUGACGACGAGUAA